UCAAGUCAACGUCAAAAAAGAAAACUUCACAAAAUGCAAAAAUCUUAGCUGGUACUAGCGUCACACGAAAAUAAAUCCGUAUACAUAAGUACAUUUUGUUAUUGUUAUAAACUUUAUCAAAGAUCAACAAAAAGUUAUAAGUUUAAAUCAUAGAUACUUAUCAAUUCAUCAUGGUGUGCGAUGGGCCUGAUCCACCAGAAAAUAAUCCCCAUGAAUUGAACCCACCUCCAAGAUACGAGUUGAUGAUGAACGGAAACCCACCCGAGGAAAGCGACGACGAAAAUGAGUAUUUUGGAUAUGAACCGCUGCCUCAAGGACCAGACCAUAAUUUGACGGACCACGACAGUGACAAUGAUGAGGUGAGUGAAGAACAGCCCAUGCCCAGCAAUCUUCCUUCAAUUGAGUCCAUGGAUGCCACCCUUGCUAGAGAGGUGUGGAGCACUCCACAAGCCGCUGACACCAUUCAGAUGGACAAUGAACGUGCUAGGCAGGUUAUGACUGCAAUGGCUAAUUUUGCACUGCCUCAAUCCUCAAUACCAGAAUGGGCCCAAAGCAUAUCUGAAGAACAAUGGAAGCAAACACUUCAGGACAGGAUAGAAAGGUUAAGAAGCAACAGAUAAAUUGUUAAAAUCAAGUUGUUAAUGAAGUGGAAAUAAUAUUUGUUAAAAAAUAAAUCAAGUGAUAAGGUAAUCUUGAUCUAGUAUCUUUGAACAUGGAUAGAAAAUAUUUAUCGAAAAAUUGAGUUUAGCUACUAAAAAGUAUGCCACUGAAUUAUUAGAUAUUGAAAAAGGAAAUCGUAUUUAUAGUGUAGAGUUAAGUCUACAUAAAAUAUAAUAUCUUAAAAUUAUACAA